GGGAUAGCGGAAAGAGACAUUAUGGGAUAGCGGAAAGAGACAUUAAGGGAUAGCGGAACGAGACAUUAAGGGAUAGUGAAACGAGACAUUAAGGGAUAGCGGAAAGAGACAUUAAGGGAUAGUGGAACGAGACAUUUAGGGAUAGCGGAACGAGACAUAAAGGGAUAGUGAAACGAGACAUUAAGGGAUAGCGGAAAGAGACUUUGAAGGAUUAUGGAACGAGACAUUAAGGGAUAGCGGAACGAGAAAUUAAGGGAUAUCGGAACGAGAAAUUAAGGGAUAAUUUGAAAGCUUCUGUUGAUGCUGAUUUAACAUUUGACCAGCAAUGUACAUAUUAAUUCAAUUAAUGUCGAUUGAAUAACAAAACCACCAAAUAACGAAUGGUCGCAAUUAUUUAGGCGAAAAAACCCACACCAAAAUGACAUCUUGCUGCUAUAGGUUUCCGCUAUGUGAACCGAAAAAUGUACAUUACAUAACUACACAUGAAUGUUAUUCAAAUAUCAGACAUGAUCACAGGUGACAACUACAAUAACAGUGAUAUGAAGUUUGCCUGACCAUAAGAAAUGUCACUUGAGUCAAAGCCACGUGUAGUCAGGCGCCAUAGACGCGCAGCAAGUGAUGAUGAAUAUAACCCAAGACAAUGCCGCCAUUCGCGUCCACGCUCAAACCUUAAGAUGAAGGACUUUAUGUCGCCAGAAGCAGCGCCAUCCGCCAUAAAUUUAAAAGAACUGGAUCCUGGAUUACAACACAGUUCAUCCAUGCAGUCAUUGGCCAUGGAAAUAAUCGAGCCAAACCUAGACGAUUCAUUCCAGAAAGAGGUAGCAGAGAAAACACAGAUGUAUUUUGUAGGUAGACAGGAGGCAGAGGUCGAGGUUCUGAUUGAUAGAAUUGUCAAAAAACAAGGAAGUAAAGAUAAGGCCUUGUUGUAUGUUGUCUCAGAAAUCGACAAUGAAAAUAAGGUUCAACUUUUGGUGAAUACCUUACUUCAUAGAGGUGCAAACCCAUCUGCAAGUAACACAGAGCUGAAAACUGCACUUCAUUUCGCUGUCAGCAAGAAUUACAGAGGCGUUUGCAAUAAAUUACUAGAGAACGAUGCUUAUCCGAACGCACGGGACAGGAAUGGAGAUAUGCCUUAUACUGUGGCAUACGACAAAGGAAACGACACCAUUGCAUCGAUGUUGAUAUUGUAUAUGUCAAAUAUAGAGGUUCGGCGAUUGUAUACAUCAGAUGGUUCCUGUCCGUCAGAAUUUAGCUUUCAUCACCUUAUAAAUACAGAUAUGCAGAGUACCAUUUUAGCAGUAUUGGAUUGUUUAAUAGAACCACUAAGUCCCAGUGGUCACAUGACAGUAUAUUAUCAUAUCUUAGAAUCAGAUGAGAAAGGACGAACACCUAUACAAGAUGGCUUCAAUAAAAAAUCAAAAUCACCUUUGCAGAUGAUAGCAAAAAGUGGUAACAAGACCUUGGUUUACCACGAUGUUGUCAGGUUGCUUAUACGAAGGAAAUGGAAAAAAUAUGCAAGGUUUAGAUUUCAAGUUAACUGUGUCUUAUAUAUCAUUACUCUGCUGGCCAUGACAUUCUCGUCCGUUGUGGCUGUUUCCGCACCAGACCCUUUGGUAUAUGAUACUCCGUUACAGAUUAGCAGAGCAGUCACAGAAGUAUGGACAUGUUUUAUGGCAUUUGUUACUUUUUUAUCCGAAAUGAAUCAGCUAAGAAAACACAAGUUAGAAUACUGGCAUGAUGCAUUUAAUUGGAUAGAUUUGUUCUCUUCUUUGCUUAUAUUAUCGGCUCUCCCACUUAGAAUUUUAGAAUUCAACGAACAAUGGCCCGUGCUGUCUGUGGCAUACCUGUUAUGGGUAUUUCGAAUUUUUAAAUAUGCAGCAGUAUUCAGACAAACAGGUGCUUAUGCUCAGAUUUUAUGGCGGAUUUUAGCUCAUGAUUUUAUUCAGUUUACCAUUGUAUUCCUUGUUAUAUUGUUGGCAUUUAGUGGUUCUUUUAUAUUAUCAUUGAAGGGAGAACAUUCAAUCGAGCUUCACAGCGAAACAAGUUCAUUCUGGAAAAUUCUUUUCCUUGGAGUAAGAAUUCUUAUAGAAGCUGAAAGAAUCAUCGAAUAUACUGAACUCAGGCCAAUGAGCUGUAUCAUAAUGGUUAUGUUCUUAUUCACAUGCUGUGUAAUUUUGUUGAAUAUACUAAUAGCACAGCUUAGUGAUACCUACCAAAAUGUACAACAAGAUGCUCAAAGAGGUUUAGAGGUCAAUAGAGCAUGGAUUGUUGCUAGAGUAGAACUCAAUAGUUUAUACUUAGGAAAGGAUCAUCGAACAUCUCACUAUAGAGAAAGUGAGCACAUUACAGAUGUCAGAGAAGUUCUUGAGAGAUGGGAAACACCACCUUUAAAUGAGAUGAAUAAAUAUAUACAAGACAUUAAUGAUAGCUUAGAUUCCCAUAAAAUGAAUUUAUUAACCGUCCGCAACAGACUUGCUCAUCAGGAAUCAACCCUUGGUAAAAUCCAAGAUCAACUAGAAUUGCUUAUAGAGUUACAAAGAGGAGAUAGCAAUCAACGUAAUAAGAAUACAGAAACAUCGCUUUCUGACAUUUUACGUGAAGUUGUUAAAGACGAUCAGCCAAUGAAGAAAAAUUCUAAAGAGAAUAGUGCAAGCUAGGAACUCCAAUAAACAGAAACAAUUAACUCGUUUUAUUGACUACGAAUAUACGUACCAGAGAAAUGGAUUUUAGUCUUGUCAUGAUUUGGAAAAUUGUUCUCCAUAGGAAAGGCU